AUGUUAAUGAGCCACAUUCAAAAACACCAAUAAGAUACAAGAACUCAAAUUUGGUGCGCAGACUCACACACUCAAUACAGGAAACCUUAAAUCACACACGGGAUCCUGAAGAAUGAAAUCAAGUUGAAAAUCUUUCUGCACAUAUGUUGUGUAAUUUCUUAAGAACAAAAUUAGGUUAGUGGAAACGAAAAUCAUCGAACCUUUGAGUGCUGGAUUCAGAUUCAAAGACAAAAUUAAACAAAGUUAAAAUUGUUCAAGUGUGAACUUUUUUUUUAAGCAGUGUUUAUAUAGAGAGAGAGAUACAGAAGCUGAAUUUAAAAAAUAUAACCACCUCAACAGAAGUUGUCCUACAAAAAACAGGAAAUAUGUGUUUUCCUGUGUGGUAUCAUUUUAAAGGACAGAGGCUGCAGCUCUCAGCAGAUGACACCAAAACACUCGAGAUGGAUCUCCUGAGUCAUUUUCGUUGUCAAGAACUUGGCACUUAUGCCACAGUGAUCGGGAUUUUUACUUACAUUGUUUUGCUUCAUAGGGACAUGCCAUGCACUUGCAAAGACCAAACGAAACAAUGCAAUGAAUACAUGGCUCUGCCAUUUGUUUUAGUGUUUUUUAUUAUGCUCUUCAUCGACAAGACAUUUCGGAGAACAACAAAAAACGGUGCUACUUUUUUAUGCAUUGUAAUCAAGCGCACUAUCAAAGCUUCUUUAAUUGGUCUGCUGUGGGUUGUAACUGUGUUCAUUGAUGGAGACUGGUAUGUUUGCUGUAAGAUUGAUGAAGUAAAGAAAAUGUUACCCUGCAAAACAGAAGAAAACCUCACAUCUGAAGAAGUUGCUGAAAUCACUGAUCUAAAAAACACGUCACAGAUUAUUGGUUACUCUUUGCUCCUGGCUGUAAUUGUUGCAGCUUUUUUAACGUCAUGCGGAUGUGGAUGGAGAAAAUGCUGUGAAAAAAAGUUCAGCUGUUGCAGCAGGAAAACAUUAUAUUACAGAUUAAUUUUGGAAGAAGAGAAAAAAGCUCUGGAUGUGCUUUUGAGGAAAGCAGCAAAAGAGAAUUUAACUAAACAAAUAAUGACCAAAAUAAAAAAGAACGACUGGGACGGCUGUUUUAACGUUGCUCAGGAAAUGAUCAAUAAAGCAAAACAACAAAAGAUGGCAGCAAGAAACGAGGACAUCAGCAAGGAGAGCACAAAAACAGGGGAACCUGCUCAACAAGGGACGAGAUCAGCACAUCACGAGAUGACAGCAGCAUCUUCACUGUGGCCGCAGUUGUGAGAUCCAAACCCUGAGUGGCGACACUCGAACAGGUUGGAUUCCCAGCCUGUGCAUGCCACAUCAUCCAUCCAGAUGGGCCCUCUGCCUGCACCAA